AUGACUCAUUCAGCAGUGGUGCGAGCUCGUGGGACUUGUCCUGAUGUCAAAGGAGUAGACAGAUUCAAAUAUUUCCACAGUCCUAUAUUUGGUGGCGUUAAUAAAAAUGGCUUGAACAUUGAUAAAAAAAUGGCAACCCUUGAAUUACCACAACUAAAUGUUGACUUUUCUAAGCACUCGACUAGGUCUUCUAGUAACCCUAAUGUUCCGUCAGCUAGCGAUGACGAUUUAGAGAACGUUGUAUUUGGCAAUCGAUUGCAACCGUUGACAGUCAGUACGAGCUUACCACAACUCGGCAAUCCCGAAAAGAAAUUAAAAGUUUCAAAAUGUCGUGAAAAAAUUCUUGCAAAUUCUGUCCAACAACUUUCCAGUGAGGCAGUUAUUGGAAAGUCUUUGAUUCCGUUACCUUCAAACGUGAAACUGCCCGUAGCAAAAACAGCAGCAAAAUUUUUACCUAAUGUUUCCAGAACUGCUGCAUCUCGUCGACCUCCGAAACUCUGUCAAGCAAAAGUUAUUGACGGCAGUCUGACAAAAUUAAAUAAAUCAAAGGCAAAAAUUUUUUUGACUGAUUGUUCUAGCAAUACGAAAUUGUUAAAUGAAACCAGUUUGGAUUUUAAAUCUAUUGGUACCCAGACAGGUACACAGUCAUUUCUUGACGUUGGAACGACUGCAAGAUUAUGCAUGGAUUCUAAGGCCACCCAAACGUCGUUGAUUUCUGGUGUCUGCUCUGUAAAAAGCAUUUGUGAUAUAGAUCUUGAGCUGGAACGAAGGAACGAAUUGAUAACUGUGGUUGAAAAAGCACUAGAUGAAACCAUUGAUAAGCGUUCUCGCCUUCGAGUCAGCCAGUCUAUUGUAUCCAGUGCUCGUAAACAGGUAACUAUUUUAUUAUUAGAGACAAACAUCUCUUUAUUUGAAGUUUGGAAAGAUGCGAAAGAAUUUGUAACGACAAUUUUAUUGCCGAGAAGUAUACAAGAAGCAAAUUCGACAAAACGUCGAUCCAAGAGUAAUUUGUCAGCGCCUAGUUAA